AAAUUUGUCACUAGUCUUUAUAAAUCAGAAAUUCAAAAAGUUUUAUAUUUUUUUUUUCGACCACAUUUUCUAAGAUUCGUGCCAAAUAAAACUAAACACUGCCGAGCUAUUGGGAAUUGAGGCCAAGUCCUAUGAGUAAGAAGUAUCGAACGUAGUUAUACUUACCAUACAUAUAGUACGUUGUACAUAAUCUAUACGAUUCGUAUUUGUGAACUCCAUAUGGACCAUCGAAAUUUUUGUUGCGAUGGCUGUCAAACUCGCGACUUCAAUGGCCGUCGCUUUCACUGUCUGCGGUGCGUAAACUACGAUCUGUGCAAGGAAUGCUAUGACCAGAAUGUGGAGAGUCAAGAGCAUAGGAUAGAACAUCCAAUGCAAGUGAUGCUACAUCCAGAAAAUCAUCAACAUCCUCCCGAUCUUAUGCUCAAUGGUGAGAUGCUCGAUCUUAUGCAUUUCCCCAAUUGCUAUACUUGCCCAUACUGCGGUAUUUUUGGGCACACAGCAAAGGAACUUAUCGACCAUGUUGUCACCCUACACCGCCAGAACGACAGCCAUGUUGUGUGUCCUAUGUGCGCCGAUUUGCCAGGCAUUGAACUUGUUGCUAUACGCAAUCUCGCCCGUCAUCUACUUCUUAAUCACAUUGAACACGCCAAUCUUCUCGAUCCAAAUACCCCUCCCUUACGCCAAGCUCUAGCCCGCGCCUCUCGACGUCGCCGGCGUCAGCAAGCACAGGUUCACGGCAGCCAGAAUGGCACCAGUAGUCGCAAUACUGUACGCUCAAAUACGAGUGCCAAUCACUCGCCAAUAAACUCGGAGUCCGGCGUUAAUAUACUGUACCAGUUGUCCGAGCUACGUCGACUGCGUCCAGGCCUAAGGCUUAGCCAAACCGAUGCCAAUUACCUUGAAGGUGAGACUCGCUCGCGGACGGUCACACUGGCAAUUGCUAAUUCGGAUACUCCCAUAUGCCAUGAAACAGGCAAUUCUGCACCCACAACCGGGAUGUCGGAGCAUUUGGAUACCGAUCGCUAUCUCUUACCGCAUUGGAUGUCAGAGCAGCAAUUGGAAACAGCGUUGCGGGAUGAACAUGGGCAGCAACAGCGUGCGCUCUUUGCUGAACAUAUUCUGCUCUCUAUGCUUUGCGAGGAACAGCUGGAGCUGCCAGAAGAGUGUGAACAGCAAUUGUCGUCACAGGAACAUACAGAACAUAUUGAGAUACCCCAUGAUGAUCUUAAUAAUGACGAUGCCAUCUCUCUACAGUCUACGUGCAAAUAUGUGCCAUCUCAAAUUAUGAUGCUGAUGUCACUGCCUUGGAUCAGGCCCUGGUCAUCCCAGAGUAACCUACGUUACAUUGAACUGCAAGGGGUCACUAUAGACGAAAGCUCUCUGAUUGGAGCUACUGAACAUCAGGAUAUUGAUUAAUUGUUCAUUAUCUAAGGGCAAGUCCUUGUGAAUAUUGUGUUGCACGAAUUGUUAUUCGUUGUACACAUAUUUUAUCGAAAUGUAUAUACAAAUUUAGUUGUGAAAAUUUACCAAGGGGAUUUAUUGAUCGUUUUACUAAUAACAUGUUUUCAAUUAACUUCUGUAUUAAACUAUUAACUUUCAUAUUAUUUUUUAAAAGAUAAGCAUCAUAAAAAGUUGUAUUUAGAAAAACUACAGACUUCUCCGCUCAACUCUGAUAUAAUGCGAAACAUUUUCUAUAAGUUUUAAAACUAAAGCCUUACAAAAUAAAUUCAAUGAUUGUUUUUUAA